AUCUUGGCCGACCAAGGAAAGAUCCGGUGUCCGGCGGCUAAGUCGGCACUCGAUUGCGUGAGCCGACAGUAGAGAGAACGUUAGCGAUUUGCUGUUGUCCGAUACCGACAGCAAGCAUGGCUCGACGCAACCAGCUUCUGGGCUUCUUCGUUGGCACGUUAACCGUGGCGGUCUACGGGCAGGGUCCCGGGUUGAGCGUCCGUCCAAAUCAGCCGGAGCAUACGUCGAACAGCACACUCAUCUACACGUCGAACAGCACACUCAUCUACAUCAGGACCGACAGCCAGAACACCUGGAAGCAUUGGGUUGACGACCUCAACGAGUACCUCGCGGACUACCAGAGUACGGGGGCAAAUAGCGAGCACCUGCGCCUCUGCGACUUCACCCAUCCGCUUGACCCCGACGAAAACAAGUCCUGCUAUUUUUCCCUCGAUCCCAUUGCCAACGACUGUUCAGCAGCCAACAACUUCGGCUACCACCGCGGUCAACCCUGUGUCCUACUCAAGCUAAAUAGGACCCUUGGCUGGGUGCCGGAACCGUACGAGAACGGCUCCUUCCCUGCCAAGUUGCCAAAGUACAUCCAGGACAACUACGACCCCAGAUACGUCUACAUCAGCUGUGAGGGAGAGAACCCCGCGGACAAGGAAAACGUGGGACCGCUCGUCUACUACCCGAACCUCGGCAUACCGAACUAUUACUUCCCGUACAGGAACACGCCAGGAUAUCAGUCGCCCUUCGUCUUUGUCCGAUUUCCGCGGCCCCAGCGGGGAGUUUUCAUCAGCGUGGAGUGCAAGGCUUGGGCCAAGAACAUCCACCACGACCAGCAGAGUCGCGUCGGGAGCGUCCACUUCGAGCUCUUAAUCCAAUAAAUUCAGCCAAUACAACA